AUGGACACGGUGCAGGUUUCCUGUUGCUACCUGGAGAUCUACAAUGAAGAUAUCCGAGACUUGCUGCAGCCUGGAGGCCACGCUGGGCCGAUUGCCAUCAGGGAAGAUGCAGCAGGUGGCAUCAAGGUCUCCGGCAUCCACGCCGAGACAUGCACCUCUGCAGAGGAGAUGUUCCGCUGCCUGAGCGACGGCUCGGUGCAGAGAACUACCGGGGCCACACUCAUGAACGAGCAGAGCUCCAGGUCUCAUUCCAUCUUCACCCUGAUCUUGGAGCAACGCCGUCGUAUUGCGGGCGGUGAUGCAUGGAGCGAGGAUGAUUACGUGACGGCCAAGUUUCAUCUUGUGGAUCUUGCCGGCUCCGAGCGUGCCAAGCGCACUGGUGCAGUGGGCAGCCGCUUCAAAGAGAGCAUCGCGAUCAACUCUGGCUUGCUUGCGCUGGGCAACGUGAUUUCUGCCCUCGGGGAUCCCGCAAAGCGAGGCAGCCAUGUACCUUAUCGUGAGUCGAAGUUGACGAGGUUGCUGCAGGACAGCUUGGGUGGCAAUUCCAGAACUGUGAUGAUUGCUUGCGUCAGCUGUGCGGACAUUGAUUUCGAAGAGACGCUCAACACUCUGAAGUAUGCGCACCGUGCUCGCAAUAUCAAAAACAAGCCUGUUGUCAACCAUGACCCUCGCACCGCACAGCUGGCUGCCAUGCAGGACGAGAUCGUUGCGCUGAGAGAGCAGCUCCAGCGUGCCAAUGAGGGAUCGUCCAUUGCAUUGGGAGGCCCAGGCCCAGCCAAUGAGGAGCUUAUCGAGCUGAACCACAAGCUCGAGGCCUCAGAGAUGCGAUCCUCAGAGCUCGCCGAGCGCUUGGCGGCCACGGAGACGGAGCGCGAAGCCUUCCGAAGAUACCUGGUGGAGACGUACACGUGUGUUUGCCAGAAUCUGCCGGCCAUUUGGCAGGCAUCUACCCGAGAAGCUCCUCCUGUCCCUGGACGACGAGCUUUGGCAGCCAUUUGUCAGGUGCUUCAGGCAGCGCAGCGGCUCCUGAAUAGUGACGCAGACUUGCCAUCAGACGAGUCGCGCACGUCCCCGGAUGCUGUGACCAUGGAUGCCAGCCAGCUACCGCAACCACCAUGUCACCUCAUCCAGGAGCGCGCUCCGGAGCUGACAUCUGGUGACUCUGCGAACGGUGUGCCAACGCUGUCCAACACCGCACCGCAGCUUGGAGAGCCGAACAAACUACAGUCUUUGUCAGAGAUGCGGAAAGACUCAACCACGCUGAUCCGCAAGUACCUGGACGAGAUGAAGCGCUUGGAGACUGAGCUGGUGCUCUACCGACGGCGCACGAAGCAGCUGCAGGAGGAGCUCAAGGAGGCUCGCGACGACCUUCAGAAGGAUGAGGAAAUCUUCGAGGAGAAGAUGAAGGAAAUGAAGGAGUUGACAGACCGCAAUGCCUACUUGGAGCAAGAAAUGCAGCAGGAGAAGAAGCCUCACAGCCCUGACUCUAGGGCAGGCAGCAAGGAGGGGUCCAACUUUUUCGCCAUCCAGCUCAGCGAACUCGAUGAUGGGCCAGGGAUGAGCUCCGCCUCCCCCGCCACACCUGUUCCAGGAGAUGAUGGUGAUGUGGACGUCUCCAAGCCCUGCGACCUUGAGGACACUCGAGCGUCCCAGCAGCACUUGCGCCAGCAGAUGCAGUCGCUCUCGCAGAAUGUGCUGCUCAAGGAAGACCUCAUUGAAGAGCUCAUGCGCAGCGAGCGCGAGUGGGGUAUUGCCCGACAGCAAUACCAAGCCCGAAUGGAGCAACUCCAGUCCGAGCUGGAAGACACGCAGCGUCAGCUGGACAAAGUGAAGGUGCGGCUUUUGGAGUCUGAGAAGCUGGAGGAGAAAGCCAGGACGGCUAGCGAGGAGGAGAAGCGGCGGCUAGAGCGUCAAGUGAACGAGCAGAUGGACGCCUUGAAGAGGAAGCAGCAAGAGUAUUCUCGGCUCAAGGACCUCCGGCUGAAUGAGCGCAAGCGGGUCAAGGACCUGGAGGUGGAAGUGGCGCAGAUGCGACAAAGCCAAGAGGUGCUUGACCGCAGGUUGCAGGCGGAGCGGAGGCGAGAAGCGCACCACAUCGCUGAGCUGCAGCGCAGGCUGACCAGAGAGGGCCAGAAGGUCAAAGAUCUCGAGGCCAAAGUUGGCCACGCAAAAAGGCCAGCGCCUCUGUCCCGCAAGAACUCGGGCGGAGUGGAUCGGCCGGGCAGUCGCGGCUAUACGCCAACCUCAGGGUCUGAGUCGGUCACGGAACGCGCCCCAGGCAACGGAAACACGAGCAGCGCAAGCGCGCCAUCCUCGUCUCGGUGGCAGCGCCUGGAGCACCAGCUGGACGAACACAUUCGAAUCCUGGAGGCAACUCAAGGCCUCGAAGAGGACCUGCGAAAGCAAGAUGCCCUGCAAAGAAAACGUGAGCAGUACAUGAACUACCGGCGGAAGAUUGCUGCAAAAGAUUCCGCAGAGCAACAGGAAGCCACAGAGAAAAUGGCUCAGCUUGAUGCCGAAGCGGCAAGACACGAGCAAGACUUGCUCGAUCCCUCCGCCUCGCUUGAUGCAGCUGGGCGUGCCCGCGCUGAGCACCGCCGACAUGCCAUCAAGGAGGAGCAGGCAGAGCUGCAGCGGAAUGUCCAGCGGAAGCAUGCAGAAGGGCACAGCAUUCUUCAUGAUAUCGACGAGCGGCUGGAGGGCUUGAACGAUGAGCUCGACUUCCGAAAAGAUCGCAUUUCCAAGGCAUUUUUGCUUCUUCCCGCCUUGUUGUGGAUCGUUGCUUUCCGUCUGCGUCAGGCCCAGCAGUAUCUGCGCUCCACGGCAGCAGCUCCAGGGCAGCUGGAUGCUGAGCUGGAGCGGAUCCCCGCCGAAGAUGGCAAGGAGCUGCUGCGCCGUCGUUGUUAUGUGAACCAGUCGGUCUAUGCCGCUUCCAAGAGUGAUGCGCGCUUCGCUUCCUGGUCCAAGUGUAGUGUGCUUGUGGGCAAUCAGCAGCCCUGCGCUUUGCCGGUGCUUCGUUUGAUGCAAUCGCUUGGUGUACGCGCCACAUCAUGCGUGCAAUCCCCUUGGCCCCCGGAUACCGUGGUGGUGCAGACACCCGAGCUGACCAACUUGGCCGCGUUGAUCGCUUUAAACAUGGGCUUGGCAUUGCUGGACUUAGUAACUUCGCUGCUGGCAGUCUUUCGGUCCGAGAUCGAGAAACUUUAUUCAAUGGACGAUGACUGGGCAGAAAAACUGCCUGAUGGGAUGGGAAGUGGCAGGACUUUGUGUGACAUGAGGCACUUGUCGAAGCUUCUCCACACCCAACGUUUGGACGUCGACCUUCAACAUGAUGGUUUGGCGUCCGUGAAGAAGGACAUGUGUGCAGACAUUGGAGCCAAGGAUGAGGUGAAGAGUGAGCAGUUCCACUUCAAAUCCUAUAUCGUUCAGCAAGCCUGCAUGGCUGCCUUUGACGAUAUCGAGAUCAUCACCAAUGCCGUGGCUCGAGCCUACGAAGGACGAAGCAGCAAAGGAAGAUGA